GCCUUCCUCAGUACGAACGCGAGAAGAGGAGAAGAAAUUCGAUAAAAAAAAGAAAGAAAGAAAAGAAGAACCGUCGGAUUACGGAGAUUCAGAUGAAUUAAUGAGACGGAGAAGAAAGAGGCGCUGUUCCUGGGGAUCUGCGGUUGCUUUUAGCCAUGAAGGAUCGUAGGCGACGCUACGACGUCACCUGGAGCCGCUUCUUCUGGUUCACCGUCGUCCUCGUCUUCCUCUCUUGCGUCCUCCUCACCUUCUCCACUUCCCGUCUCCUCUUCCGUGCAGAGUCGUUUCAUCCAGUGCUGGGCUCCACGCGUCGUACUUCAGCCAUAAAAGCAAUCUCCGGUGAUUCUCCGGUGACUCCGGUGCUGUCGAUUCGUGAGACGGUUGCGUUUCCAGAUCAGGUAAUUAUUUUCCUAAAUUACCCUCCAUCGGCACGCUUAUUUACCAAGGAGGAACUCGACUGCGUCUACCUCUCGGCUAAUUCGUCCCAGCCGAGGCUCAAGCAGCCGCCGGCUCAAACGGACGGGGAGUCUCUCGAUGACCAGAUCGUUCGGUGUCCGAUCGGUCCACGUGGCUUGUCGGUAUCCCUUGCUAUAAAGUCGGAUGUCCGGGUCCCACCUGGUCCCACUCAUAGGUGGGACUCACUCGCUUACGAGGCAUUGAUCGACGGUGACAACACCACGAUCGUGUUCGCGAAGGGACUCAAUCUACGGCCAGCACGAAUCUACAAUGCAUCGAGAUUCGAGUGCGUCUACGGCUGGGAUUUCAGGAGAUCCAAGAGAUUAAUCAGAUCGGACGCUUUAUCAGCUGCGCAGGAGAUCGUACGGUGCAAAACCCCUCUAAGUAUACUGAACAGUCAACGCAAGGUCAACGAUUCCAUCAAGGUUUCAGUUAGAGUCAAAGGCAGGGGAAUACUACACUCUGCAGCCCGACUGCGCCUGGGUCGUCCCACAGAUCCGAAUCCUGACCCGGUUACCCGAAAACCGUACGAAAUGUGCAUAUGUACCAUGGUGCUUAACCAAGCUAAGUUUUUGAAGGAAUGGGUCAUGUACCAUGCUCGGAUUGGGGUACAACGUUGGUACAUUUACGACAACAACAGCGACGACGACACCGACGGCGUAAUCAAGUGGUUGUUAGAUGCUAAUUACAAUGUUUCCCGGCAUGUAUGGCCAUGGAUUAAGACACAGGAGGCGGGGUUUGCCCAUUGUGCCUUGAGGGCUAGGGACUCUUGUCUUUGGGUUGGCUUCAUUGACGUUGAUGAAUUUUUUCACUUAAAAUCCGGGUUAAUGUUUCACGAUGUGCUACAGAAUGUGAGUUUAAGGUACAAUGGUGUCAGUUCUUUGGGCAAUUCAAGAAAGAAGUAUGGAAAUAUUGGUGAAAUUCGGGUCUCAUGUUAUAGUUUCGGGCCAUCAGGGCACAAACAUGUGCCGGUACAAGGGGUAACGGUAGGCUACACAUGCCGGAUAUUGGCACCGGAGAGGCACAAGAGUAUAAUUAGGCCGGAGGCGUUGAACUCUAGCUUGAUCAAUGUGGUGCACCAUUUUCAUCUUAGGGAUGGAUUUCGGUUCUUGAACAUGAACAAAGGUGUGAUGGUGGUGAACCACUAUAAGUACCAAGUAUGGGAAGUGUUCAAGGAGAAGUUCCAUAGAAGAGUGGCAACUUAUGUGGUAGAUUGGUUAGAUGAACGCAAUGUAAGGUCCAAGGAUCGAGCACCGGGGCUUGGGAACAGAGCUAUUGAGCCUCAAGAUUGGUCAAACCGAUUCUGUGAGGUUCAAGACACAGGGCUUAGGGAUAGGGUGUUGCAGAACUUUGUUAGCCCAGGAAACCACCUUUUGCCAUGGCAGGAGGGAUAUGAAUAUGAAGAAGCGAAGGCAGAGAAUAUUGUGGUAAAAGUAAAGAAUAGGAGGAGGAGUAGGAGAAGGCAUAGAACUAAACCGUAGAAUACAAAAGCUUUGUUGUUUUCUUUCUCUUUUCUCAUUUAUUCAUGCUGCACCAUUAUUAUGUAUAUAAUUUUAGUGGGUCGAAUUAAUUCAUUUUUGUGGGAAUACUUGAUAACAUAAAUCUUAUUUUCUUUC